AUGUCCAAAUCUCGGUCUCGGAGUCAGAGCCCUCCCUCAGCUACUGCUCUCAAGCCGGAAGACGUCAAGCAAGAAGAGAUCACCAAGCCCGAAGAACAAGAUGCCCAGUUGCCACCUGAGACACCGUCCGAACCUCGGGAGCCUUCGGAGACAAGUACUCCAGCACCCAACAAUAGGCACAGACGUACCGGACCACAGCUCAUAGGCGAUCUUCCGCUCGCAGAGGAGGAGGCACGGACUACCUUUGUUGAAAUUGGUGACAACCACUACCAGUACUCUACCCUUGGGCGAUCCAGGGAGGCCCUUGAGGGCAUGACUUGCGACUGUCAAUACGAACCUGGUGCAGGUGACCCAUCCGACGCAUGUGGGCAUGACUCGGACUGCAUCAAUCGGCUCACGCAGGUAGAGUGUCUCCCGGAGGACUGUCGGUGUCGUUCAUAUUGUCAAAACCAACGGUUCCAACGCAAAGAAUAUGCCCGGAUGGAAAUCGUCUUAACGGAGAAGAAGGGCUACGGGCUUCGUGCUGCUGCUGACAUACCAAAGGAUACGUUUAUAUAUGAAUAUGUUGGCGAUGUGGUCAGUCAUCCGUCAUUCAAGAAACGAAUGCGGGAGUAUGCGGAAGAAGGUAUUCGACACUUCUACUUCAUGAUGCUGCAGAAGGACGAGUACAUUGAUGCAACAAAGCGAGGGGGCAUCGGCCGCUUUGCCAACCAUAGUUGCAGUCCUAACUGCUAUGUCGCAAAGUGGACGGUUGGAAAACUUGUGCGGAUGGGCAUAUUCGCAAAACGUUCUAUCCAGAAGGAUGAAGAGCUGACAUUCAACUACAACGUGGACCGUUAUGGACAUGAUGCACAACCGUGCUAUUGCGGGGAACCCAAUUGCGUUGGCUACCUCGGUGGCAAGACCCAGACUGAUAUCGCAGCCAUGGACGACCUCUAUUUGGACGCGCUUGGUAUCACAGAUGAGGUUGAGAAGCUUGGGCUUAAAGGCAGCAAGAAGCGGAAGAGCAAAAAACUCGAUGAGGACUACCUUCCCGAGGUCAAACCUCUAGUGGAGAAGGACGUACCCAAAGUUGUACAGGCCAUGCGUCAGACGCAGAGUAGGAAGGUUCUAUUGAAGCUUUUAACACGUAUCAAGAUUACAGAUAACGAAGCUGCUAUGCGCCAGAUCAUGCGCUUACGUGGCUUCAGCGUGAUGAACAAUAUACUUACAGACUACGCAACGGAUAUCGACAUCUCGAUCGCCGCGCUUGAAGUCAUGGCAAAAUGGCCUCUUAUUCAGCGGAAUAAAGUGGAAGAUUCAAAGAUUCUGGUACCAGUGCAGGCGUGCCAGGGAUCUGAGAAUGAGACCAUGAAAGGCUUGGCAAUCAAGCUUCUCGAAUAUUGGGAUUCCCUCGAAGUUGCCUAUCGAAUACCGAAACGCCUAAAGGCAAACGGUGAGGAAGAAAAUGACGACGGUCCUACGAUCAUCGUCAUCGACUCUCACGAUGACUCCCGGCCUCUCAAAAAGACGCGCUGGGAAGGCGACGGUAUUGAAUUCAAGAUUGCCAGUCCUGUUGCGCGGUCGGCCAGUUGCUCGGAACCCCGACCUGUGAAGAUGACGCAGGCACCCGAGAAGCCACUCUACGUUGCGGCGGAGCAGCGGAAGGACAUUGCAGCUGUCAUAGCUGCUGCGACAGCAGCCGCAGAGGCAGAAGCUGCCAGGGCAAAAUCUUCUCGGAAGCACCACACAAAGGAGGAGAAAGAGGCACACAAGGAGAAGCGUCUUGUGAAGCUCAUCGGCGGCGUCAUAGUGAAGUGCAUGUCCAGAUAUGCCAAGCAAUUGGACCACGACCAAUUCAAGAAAUACGCUAAAGAGCUCACGCAUAUCAUCGCGGAGAAAGAGAAAAAGUCGGCAAGUUACAAGGAAGGGAAUUUGGAUGCCCUCACGGACGAGAAGACCGCGAAGAUCAAGAAGUUUGCAAAAGAGUACAUUGCCAAGGUCCUCAGGAAACUCGAAAAAUCGAAGCAUAAAUCUUCCUCAUCCAGUAAUGCCCAGCCAGACCAAAGUGGCACUUCGCCAACGAUGAACUUAGACCCAGCAGAUGCGCACGAGGAUAGCGGAGAUGUUGAAGUGACCAUGUCCGUCGAGCAAGCGAUGGAUCUAGGUUCGGACGACGACGUAGGAAUGGACGAGGCAGAGGACGCACAACACUCGUCAGAUGAGGUCGACCCGUCGCCGGUGGAGGGCGUCUCAGAACGACCGCCAGGAUUCUGUCACCCCGAUGACGCCGCCUGAUCCCCCGCAGCUGCCGUUGGACCCAAGAAUUCGGCAUCGCACAGAAGAACUAGGGUGGGACCCGAACGUUAAAUCGCUGAAAGAGAUGAACUGGAAUUCGUGUAUAGCUAUUGAUUAUACUCGCACCUACAUUAUUUAUGAUAAAGCUAUCCCCUUAGGUGCGGCUCAACACUCAUUUAGAUGGUUUAAUAC